UGGAAGAAGCCUUUCUUCGAUGUCUCCGCUCACUCAACAAGCUCAAGCCUACAGUCUCAAUUCGAAAUCUCAGGUUUUCUGCUUUAAAUAGACCCUUGUCGCAUCACUUUCUCUUUCUUCCCUCGCGAUCAAUCUCUUCUUGACCUCUGGAAAUCAGUCUUAGAGCCCUAGCUGAGUACGACUUGUCGAAAUUGCCAUUGAGUCGAUACACACCCGCGCAUCAAUCAUCAUGGUUCAAGGAAACGGAAGGAACGACGGCGGAAGCUCCAGCCGUGAAUAUGGCAUGAACUUUGAGGUUGCGCCUCCUACAACAGUUCCCCUUGGCGUACCAGUGACUCUACCAGUAAUUGUGGGGGUCCGACCUGUGGGUAACCCACGAGGAGUGCAACAAUUGGUUGCGCAUGCCUCGCUGAGGAAUGAAGCAGGCACUGCUCCAGCUUCAGGACUCACAGGCGUGCUUACAUCUAGCGUGCGCAGUCGCAAUGGCAACGGCACCAGCGGAUACGCUCGAUUUGGGCCUCUCAAAUUCACACAGCCUGGUCGGUAUCGGAUGCGGGUUAUGCUAGGAGCGGCCUCCUUCAACGGCGUCACCACGAAAGAAUAUGUUGAAUCGGGUAUUAUUCAAGUACAGGCCGGCGCUGCUACACCACGUCCGACACCCACUCAGGUCUCAAAGCUACAGACCCUAAUCCCGGAAAACAUCGACAUCACUGCGGCUGACAUUGCGACAUGGCAAUCAGCAUAGAAGCCUUGGAGCACAGCCAUAUUUCGUACCCUCCUUUACUUGUAUUAAUUGUCGGUUUUACUCGGUGUUUGUGAAGAUCGCGUCAGGAUCAGCCAGGAGUUUCGGCCUGUGUCUCAGCUUUCUCGCUCACUCAUGUGAAUUUCCUUUGUUCGAGGCGGGCCAAACACGAAGUGCAGAGUGUUGG